GUCAGCGCUUUGAGUUUGGAAACGUUUCCAUCGCACUUGAUUAAGAAAGUUUGGACGAAAAUCGAUCCGCGCAUCUCAUUUUUGCAGGAAAUUCAUAAGUUUAUACUGCGAGAGGAGAAACUUUGGCCAGAAAUUUAUCCCGAGGUCAUGCUGUUGGAUUAUCUCUUCAAUGGCGAGCGGCAAAUUAAUGCUACUGUCGCCGUCUUAAUUAUAUCAUGCAUCAUAGAUCUUCAAGAGGAUUUUCGGUAUUACGUGAAACGUGGCUUUCUACGUUAUCUACUUAAAUCGCCUUUGGAGCGCAAACGCUUACAAUUGGAAAUGGAGCCGCCAGAUUUUCCACAAUUACUCAUACGCGGUCCAGUGCCUUAUAAAGUGAAUGUGCAGUUAGCACGAAAUCGCAUCGACCAACUUUUGAUGAUAUCACAUCCAAUUAUAAGAGCACUCAAUCAGCUUUGGCAUCAGUUAUACAAUGAUCUAGUGGUUAUAGAUGUUUCGAAGAUCUUCUUGCGCGAUCAACCUAUGACGGCUGAUGAAUUGAUAACUUUCGUUGAUGACAGUUGUGCUGUUAUACGAGAUUUACUCAUGAACGACUGGCUACCUCGCUGCGCUGAUUUGGUUGACGUUAUGCGUCGCACCUGGAAGGACUUGAUACCCAUGAAUCAGAAAUGUGGCGGACGUGCGGCUGUGCUAUUCAAUUGUGUACAUGCGCUAAUGUCUCAUCACUUGGAAGGCUUGAUAUCAAGGAGUAUCUCUGUGCUCUACACGAACCUGAAAAGAUAUGAAGAAGGCAAUGAAAUUGAACACUAUCAAAUGUAUGACAAGAAACUCCAGCGUCGUCCGCUUAUGACUUUAAUAAUAUCAGUUGUGGGUGCGCAUUUCGAUGAUCGCACCGAUGAUAGAGAUGAAACGACUUCAAUCUAUACACACAAUGAGGAGGACGAUGCCAAUCUAUUUUACAAACGUCCCACUAUUGAUUUUGAGAUCCAUCCACCAGACAUGGAUCCGGUUUGUGAUUUUGCGCUGGAAAAUGAAGGCAAAUUUUUUGGAUUUCCAUACAUUAACGAGCUACCGGAAUUAUUUAUUUCUGUUUUCAAGAAAAUACUGCAAGUUGGCUAUCAUAUACCGCGCUUGGAAUACUUUAUGUCCAGAGAUGAAAGCACUCACGGUUAUUUGCAUGUCGUCAAAGAAUCGCACUGCGACAUGAAACGUUUGUAUAAAAAUGUACAUAGAAUAGUGGAAAACAACUGGGGUGGUCUGCGUGUGUAUCUGUAUCCCAUCUUUAAAUAUUACAAUGCGCUAUUUACUAAGAAAAUGUUGCCAGUUGUUGAAAGGUUGUUCACACAGCAUAUCAUUCCUGAUUUAGUGCUUGUCGAAGACCUAAUGAGACGUUUGAGGGGUAUUAUUCAUAGCACAUACAUCUUACGUGAUUUUAUACCGCUCAAUCUCUUCAUGUUGGACAAUCGGCAUGUGAAGAACACCAUUGUAAUGCUGGUACAACAAGUUUACAAUUUCGUCAUUGACUACUACAAAGCUGUGAAUAUAAAUGAAAAUCGCGCCAUUUGCGAUGCACUAGAGGAAAUGUCCAUGAAAGCUGGCGAACGACCGGAGGAGACACCAGAGGUGGUCGCUUUGCAAAACUACUUAACCGAGUGCCGUGAUGAGAAAAUAUUUGCAAUAAAGGAUGAAAUUAAAAUAGUGUCGCGACGUGUAAUUUUCCUGCUAACACAUACAAUAUUGGAUAGUGAUCACAUUCAUCUCAAUUCACGCACUUUUAUUUUGCCCGGCGAGUUGGAAGAGGUAUUGGACUUAAGCUCAGCACGUUUGAAUGUUGUACGUGAGAAUUUGGAAAUGGCAUUGCGUGAACGUCGUAAAAAAUUCGAAGAGUUCAUUUUGAAUGAAAAACGUCGCAUGGAUGGAUUUAGAGUAAAAGAAACUCGUGAAGUUAUGACACUCGAGGAAUUGAAAGAACGUGUCGAUACGAUCGAUGAACUUUACGUGAUUAUUGAGAAUAUGAGUCGAGAGGCUAAAGGUAUAAAUGUGGAGGAACAGUUGCUGCAAAUCGAUGUUUCGCCAUUCCCGGUGCUGGCCGAAAUCAUUGAAAAAAUGGAGCCAAUGGAAAAACUGUGGAAAACCGCCUAUGAAUUUGAAAAGAAUUACCAGCUAUGGAUGUAUGGAGAAUUCCAAUUCUUAGAUGCAGAUGCAAUACGUGAUGAGGUUGAAAAUAUGCAUAAGAUCGUUUACAAACUUUCCCGCCAACUGGCCAACAAUCCAGCUGCACGCCGCGCCGCCGAACAGAUACGCAUUAAAGUCGAAAAGUUUCGCGCUUAUUUACCAGUGCUCGAUGCCAUUUGUCGCCAAGGUCUCAACGAACGUCAUUGGAAACUCAUAUCUGGCCAUUUGGGUACCGAAUGUAAUCCACAAUUAUAUCCCACACUCAAAGAUAUGAUCGACGCUAAUAUAAUGAGUAUACUGCAACAACUUGAGGAGAUCUCAAAUGCAGCUGGCAAAGAGUUUGAAUUGAAUUCAGCGCUUGAUGCCAUGCAGGGCGAUUGGAAAGAUAUACAAUUCGAAGUGUUGCCGUAUCGUGAUUCCGACACGCAUAUACUUUCCUCACUAGAUGAUAUACAAACUCAAUUAGAUGAUCAUAUCAUGCGUACACAAGCGAUGAAACGUUCGCCUUUCAUUGUAGCGUUAGGCUCCAAGGCGGAUGAUUGGGAGGCUAAACUUUUGUUGAUACAAAAUAUCAUCGAUGCGUGGACGCAGGUGCAAGUGACAUGGAUGUAUUUAGAGCCAAUAUUCAGUUCAGAAGAUAUUAUGCGACAAAUGCCGGUGGAGGGACGCAAUUUCAAGUCGGUCGACAAAACAUGGCGCAAAAUUAUGAAACACUCCUGUGAAGAUUUGCAUGUACUGGUGGCCACCGAAUAUCCAGAUAUGCUUGAGACAUUAUUGAAAGCUGUGCAAGAUCUUGAAACGGUUCAAAAGGGUUUGAAUACCUAUCUCGAACAGAAGCGUCUAUACUUCGCGCGCUUCUUCUUUCUAUCCAAUGAUGAACUGUUGGAGAUACUCUCUGAGACAAAGGAUCCACUGCGUGUACAGCCGCAUUUGAGCAAAUGUUUCGAGGGUAUCGCACGUCUCACCUUCGAUGAUGCUAUGGAAAUAAUUGAAAUGAUAUCCGAUGAAGAUGAGCAAGUGAAGAUGGUGCGCAAAAUUAAUCCAGCAUUGGCGAAUGGUCUUGUCGAAAUCUGGUUAAAGGAAGUCGAAAAUGUUAUGCUGGCGAGUGUGUUGGAACAAAUGAAAUUAGCCUGGGAGGAUUACUUUUUGGUGGAACGUAUCGUUUGGGUAACCUCAUGGCCGGGACAAGUAGUGCAGAGUGUUUCCUGUAUGGCUUGGACAUUUGAGGUUGAAGAAGCAUUUAGCUUGAACGCGGUUCCAGCUUAUUUGGAGAAAUCCAACUCACAAAUUAAUGAUUUGGUACAACUGGUGCGCACAGAUCUUGCCACGGGCACACGGCUAACCAUCGAGGCUCUGAUUGUACUCGACGUGCAUGCUCGCGAUGUUGUCAAAUAUCUAAUUGAUGUCAAUGUUGAAAAUAUCACCGAAUUCGAUUGGAUAUCUCAAUUACGUUACUAUUGGCGAGAAACUGACAAGGGUGAGGAAUGGGUCUGCGUGAGCAUGGUUGUUACGGAUGUUAAAUAUGGCAUGGAAUAUUUGGGCAACAAUCCACGUUUGGUUGUGACGCCGCUUACCGAUCGCUGUUACAGAACGCUUAUGGGCGCAUUGAAAUUAUGCUUGGGAGGCGCUCCGGAAGGACCAGCAGGCACAGGCAAAACGGAGACGUGCAAAGAUUUAGCCAAAGCUGUAGCGAAAAAGUGUGUCGUCUUCAAUUGCUCGGAUGGGCUGGAUUACAAGGCAUUGGGCAAAUUUUUCAAGGGCUUAGCACAAUCUGGCGCCUGGGCAUGUUUCGAUGAGUUCAAUCGUAUUGAAUUAGAGGUACUGUCUGUGGUAGCACAACAAAUUCUAACAAUUCAACGCGCCAUUGGUCGGAAGGUGGUUAAACUCUUUUUUGAGGACACAUUUCUGCGUUUGGAUCCCACAUGCUCCAUAUUCAUAACAAUGAAUCCUGGCUAUGCUGGCCGCACUGAACUGCCAGACAAUUUGAAAGUACUCUUCCGCACAGUGGCUAUGAUGGUACCUGACUAUGCUAUGAUUGGCGAAAUCACACUAUACUCGAAUGGUUUUGAUCAGGCGCGAAUGCUUGCACAAAAAAUCGUCCAUACAUAUAAAUUGUGUUCCGAACAGCUAUCAUCACAAUCACACUAUGAUUACGGUAUGCGCGCUGUGAAAUCCGUUCUGCUGGCAUCCGCUUCACUUCGUCGUCUUUAUACAACACUGCCCGAGGCACAAAUUGUAUUGCGCGCCAUUGUUGAUGUUAACUUACCUAAAUUCUUGGAACAGGACGUAUCGCUCUUCAUUGGAAUUUACAUGGAUUUAUUUCCAGGCACCGAGUUGCCAGAGCCCAAACGCGAUGAUAUACUCAAAUGGCUGCAUAUUCAUCUGAAAGAUGCCAAUUUACAACCAACACCGUGGUUUGUUGAGAAAAUACUGCAAAUUUAUGAAAUGUUGCUGGUACGACAUGGCCUAAUGAUUGUUGGUGGACCAAUGGGCGGCAAGACAACGGCAUAUCAGAUGCUCGCUUCAACUUUACGCUCCGUUAGCGUCGAUGCCGAAGCUACUCUAAAAGAGUUUCCCGUCAAUUAUCGCAUCAUCAACCCCAAAGCCAUUACAAUGGGCCAAUUGUAUGGACGCUUCGAUCCAGUUUCGCACGAAUGGUACGAUGGCGUAUUGGCUAAAACUUAUCGUGAAAUGGCCACCGCACCAACCACCGAACGCCAUUGGGUACUCUUCGAUGGACCUGUUGAUGCUGUGUGGAUUGAGAAUUUAAAUACAGUUUUAGAUGAUAAUAAAAAGUUGUGUCUCAUGUCUGGCGAAAUUAUACAAAUGACCAAAACGAUGAAUAUGAUGUUUGAACCAGCCGACUUAGAGCAAGCCUCACCGGCUACUGUAUCACGCUGCGGCAUGAUCUAUAUGGAACCGUCACAAUUGGGUUGGCGUACAUUUCACAAGAGUUUCUUGAAUGAACUGAUCGAUAAGAUGGGUCUGAAUGAAAUCUAUAUGACUUUGUUCGACGAUAUGGUGGAGUGGCUAAUACCAGCGGCUUUGGUAAUUCUGAAGGAUUGCAAACAAAUGGUCGAACCGUCACCGAUGUAUCAGUAUAAGAUGUUUUCACGUUUUUAUUUUCAUUUUUUGGACAAGCAUAAGACAUUUACUCAAGUUUGGUUCCAGCAAGUGUUUCUCUUUUGCUUCGCUUGGGCCUACGGAUCUGCGUUAACAGUUGACGGCCAAAAGAAUUUCGAUACGCUUAUUCGCAAAAUACUCUACGGCGGCAAUGAGGAAUAUCCACGCCCCAAGUAUUUCUCCCUCAAUCGCGGUCAAAUGUUUCCCGAGAAACUUUCACUCAUGGAAUAUCGUUUCGAUGAAGUGGAAAACUGGUGGCCCUGGCAAAAGUCCAGUGAUGAUCUCAGCGCUGCAUCGAAUACAUUCCCAGAGCGUGCAAUCAUCAGUGAGCUCAUCGUACCGACAAAGGAAUCCGGUCAAAUUACCUAUUGGCAAGAGUUUUGUAUCAACAAAUCCUAUCCGAUGCUGGUUAUUGGACCCACAGGCACGGGCAAGAGCGCUGUCAUAGCAAGCAAUCUAAAUGCGCUGCCUAAGCAUACAAAUCUCGUCAACAUAGUAAACUUUUCGGCACGCACAAGUGCACAGCUGGUACAGGAAACCAUUAUGUCAAAGCUGGAUCGGCGACGAAAAGGCGUAUACGGACCGCCCCUAGGCAGAAGGUGUUUAAUAUUUUGCGACGAUGUUGCCAUGCCGUCGAAGGACACAUACGGUUCACAGCCGCCGCUCGAAUUGAUACGACAAUGGUUGGAUCAUGGCUACUGGUCUGAUUUGGUGGACACAACAAAAAUUGAAUUGGUCGAUAUGAGUUUUCUCGGCGCUAUGGGCGUGCCGGGUGGCAGCAACUUUAUCUUUCCACGCUUCUAUCGGCACACAUUUCUCGUCGCUGUGGACUCGUUUGAGGAUUCGACCAUCAUUAAAAUAUUCACAGCAAUUGGCGAUUGGCAUUUCGCCAAGGAUUAUCCUGAAAAGGUGGCGCUGCUAUCGCGGGGUCUUGCCGAAGCAAUGGUCAACGUUUAUCGUCAAGCACUCAGCAUUUUCCUACCAACACCCGCCAAAUCUCAUUACACAUUCUCGCUACGUGACAUCACUCGCGUCUUUCAGGGCAUUGUCCUCGUUCCGGCUAAAAGGCUACAGGAAGUUGAGAAGCUGGGCCGUUUGUGGGCUCAUGAAACGUAUCGUGUGUUUUACGACCGUCUGAUUGAGCAACGGGAUCGUGAUGCACUGCUGGACAUGGUGAAUAAUGCAUGCAAAACGAAUAUACGCUUACCAUUGGAGCGAGCUUUCGCCGACCGCUUAUCCGAGCCGGGCGCCAAACUGACCGAUGAUGAUUUGCGGAAUUUAUUUUACGGUAAUUAUUUGGAGCCAGAUGCAGAUCCGAAAAUUUACGAUGAGGUCGAAAGUUAUGAUAAAUUGGAAAAACUGAUGCACUACUAUCUGCGCGAUUACAAUGCAUUCUCGAAUACACCAAUGGACUUGGUGUUAUUUCGUUUCGCCAUCGAACAUAUAUCGAGGGUCUCGCGUGUAUUGCAAAUGCCGCGCGGCAAUAUCCUUAUGGUCGGCAUGGGUGGUUCGGGACGUCGUAGUUCAUGCAGACUGGCCGCCAGCAUUGCUGAUUGUCGCCUGAUGACCGUACAGGUGACAAAGACAUACUCGCAAACCGAUUGGCGUGAUGAUCUGAAGAAGAUACUGAUGACAGCCAGUUUCAAUUUGAAUCAUACGGUCUUUCUUUUCACCGAUGCACAGGCUAUCGACGAAGGUUUCAUAGAAGACAUUAAUGGCAUACUUAACACUGGCGAUUUGCCCAAUCUCUAUCAACUGGAAGAUAAAGCAGCAAUUAUGGAGAAUAUGAUGAGCUUAGCAAAGCAAUUGGCGAGACAAAUUGAUAAUUCCCCCUCAGAGAUGUAUGCAUACUUUAUCGAAAGGAUACGUGAACAGCUGCAUAUAGCAUUGGCAUUUUCACCGAUUGGCGAUUCCUUUAAGGAGCGUUUAAGAAUGUAUCCAUCACUGAUAAACUGUUGCACGAUUGACUGGUUCAUGCCUUGGCCGGUUGAUGCCUUGGAGCGUGUUGCUGAAUAUUUUAUCAGUUCAAUGAAAUUGGGUCAGGCACAGGAGCAUGCUGAGUCUGGCGCAGCCGCCGCUGAACGAGCAUCUGUAGAUACCGCAGAGUCAGAUACUACCAAGAAAAGCGAUGAAAUGGAGGAAAUUGUGCUCAGUGAAUUGGAAUUGGAGCUGGUACAAAUUGUCAUGCAUUUCAAUAAAUCCGUCUUUGAUGCGAGCGAACGUUGCUAUUUGGAAUUGGGACGACGUAAUUAUGUGACGCCAUCAUCGUAUUUGGAGAUGUUGAAAUCUUUUAAAAUUUUCUAUGUACGGAAAUUGGAUGAAAUUACCAAACUGAGAGAUCGCUACACCACUGGCUUGGAAAAGCUAGACUUUGCCGCUAGUCAAGUCGGUGAAAUGCAGGCGAAUCUCUAUGAUUUGCAACCCAAACUGAAAGUGCUGUCCGAGGAGACUGAGCGCAUUAUGGUGAAUAUUGAACGCGAGACGGCGGAGGCUGAGAAAAAGAAGGAGGUUGUUGGCGCCGAUGAGGCGGCGGCCAAUGAAGCAGCUGCCGCAGCACAAGCGAUUAAAGACGAUUGCGAAAGUGAUUUGGCUGAGGCGAUUCCUGCACUAGAGGCAGCAUUGGACGCAUUGAACACACUCAAGCCAGCUGAUAUUUUCAUUGUUAAAUCGAUGAAGAAUCCACCGUACGCGGUGAAGUUAACGCUGGAGGCAGUUUGUGUAUUGAGAGGUUUCAAACCGGAUCGUAAGCCAGAUGCUAGCGGACGUAUGGUGGAGGACUUCUGGGGACCAUCGAUGCGCAUGAUAGGCGAUAUGAAAUUUCUUGAGUCGUUGAAAACAUUCGACAAAGAUAAUAUACCACCGGCGAAUAUAAAGAAAAUUCGAGAAAAAUACAUCCCCGAUCGCGAUUUCGUGCCAGAGAAAAUCAAAAGCGCCUCAACUGCUUGUGAGGGUCUUUGUAAGUGGGUGCGUGCCAUGGAUGUCUACGAUCGUGUGGCGAAAAUUGUGCAACCCAAGCAACAGGCACUCGCCGAAGCUGAAGCAGAUUUGGCAUCGCAAAUGGAAAAAUUAAACGCAAAGCGUGCUGAAUUGCAAGUAAUUCUGGAUAAGCUGCAAAAAUUGAAUGACUUCUUCGCAGAAAAAUCACGUGAGAAGAAGAGGCUUGAAGAUGAAAUCGAUAAUUGUGAAAAGAAGUUGAAUCGCGCUGAGAAGCUACUCGGUGGCUUGGGUGGUGAGAAGACACGCUGGUCUGAUGCAGCCAACAAUUUACACAAAUCUAUUAGCAAUAUUGUCGGUGAUGUUUUGUUAGCUGGUGGCGCUGUGGCUUAUUUAGGAUUCUUCCCCACCGAGUAUCGAGCGCAAAUUUUGGACGAUUGGAAUGAGUUAUGUGUUCGCAAAAAAAUUCCCUGUUCCGAGAAAUUUUCAUUGGCCAACACAUUGGGCAAUCCAAUGCAAAUACGCGCUUGGUCAUUAGCAGGUUUGCCGGCUGAUAAUUUUUCUGUUGAAAAUGGCAUUAUUGUAGCUAACUCAAAUCGAUAUCCGCUAAUGAUAGAUCCACAAGUGCAAGCCAAUAAGUGGAUUAAGAAUAUGGAAAAGGAUAACUUUUUGCGUGUAAUCAAGCAAAGUGAUCCCAACUAUAUGCAAAUACUCGAACUUUCAGUUACUUAUGGUAAUCCUGUACUUAUUGAAAAUGUUGGUGAGCGUUUAGAUUCAAAUUUGACACCAAUUCUAGAGAAGAACGUAAUUAAGCACAAAGGUGGUUUUUUCAUCAAAAGUGGUGACACAAUGCUGGAGUACAAUCCGAACUUUCGUCUAUAUAUUACAACAUGCUUACGCAAUCCAAACUACUCACCGGAAAUAAUGGUUAUGGUAGCCGUUUUGAAUUUCAUGAUAACGGAACAAGGUCUACGCGAACAGCUUCUAGCGAAUACAGUGGCGCGUGAACGUCCUGAUUUGCAAGAGAAAAAGGAACAACUCAUUGUUGAGUCAGCAAAAAAUCGUGAUGCUUUGUACACUAUUGAAACACAGAUUCUUGAGGUGCUCUCCUCCUCCGAAGGUAAUGUAUUAGAAGACGAGAAUGCUAUCAACAUACUGUCAUCAAGUAAAAUACUAUCGGAGGAAAUUCAAGAGAAGCAAGUAAUCGCUGUUGCAACUGAAACGGAAAUUGACGCCGCACGCCAACAAUACGUACCGGUGGCCAAACAUUCCGCCAUACUAUUCUUCUGCAUCAGCGAAUUGGCAAACAUCGAUCCAAUGUAUCAAUAUUCGUUGGCCUGGUUUCUCAAUCUAUUCGUAAAUGCUAUAUUGAAGGCGCCUAAAUCGACAGUGCUCGAAGAGCGUUUAGAGCAUUUGAAUUAUUACUUUACGAAAUCAAUUUAUCAAAAUGUUUGUCGAUCGCUUUUCGAGAAGGAUAAGCUUGUCAUCUCGUUGGUAAUGUGUUUGGGUAUAUUGGUAUCGCGGGGUAAAAUAAAUAAAUCGCAUUUGUUGUUCUUCUUGACUGGAGGCGUUGGCUUGCAAGCGGUGCCGCCUAAUCCGGACAACAGUUGGCUGCCGGAAAAGGCCUGGACACAAAUGUUUCGCGCGAGCGAUCUCGAAGG